UUAUUAGCUUAAUCUCUACAAACCCAGUUGCAUUACGCUAAUUAAUUACCAUGGCUUCCAAUCUGUCUACUCUACUCACCAUUUCUCUCCUUUUCAUGCUCUUCUCUCCAUCUUUCGCAAGCUUCUUCAACUCAGUCUCUGGCACACCAGCGUCAUUUUGCAACUCCACACCUUAUCCAUACUUUUGUAGAUCCUCCAUACCCUUUAACAAGCCUGCUAAUAUACACGACUAUGGCAGGAUUGCCAUUUCCCAGACAUUGUCACAUGCUAGAGAAGUUCUGUCCUUAGUCCAAUAUUUGCUAAGGCUCCCCUCAACUCUUUUUCCAUCCACUACUAUUCGUGCUGUUGAAGAUUGCCAGUUCCUAACUCAACUAAACAUUGACUAUUUGUCAUACACUUUAAAAUCCAUCAAUUGUACCGAUAGUAUUCCAAGCUUGGAAGCCAGUGAUUUGCAAACUCUGCUUAGUGCCGCUUUGACUAACUUACAGACUUGUUUAGAUGGACUUUUAGUUUCAACACCAGCCUCAAGAAUUAUGAAUACCCUUCUGGCUCCUCUCUCUAAUGGAACCAAACAAUGUAGUGUCUCUCUCGCAUUUUUCACUCAUGGUUGGGUUCCUGCCAAAAAGAAAGGAAGACUUCUAUCAGAAAGAAAGCACAUAUUUUCUCACUUGAGAAAUGGCAUCAGUGGUGGUCUGCCUUUGAAGAUGUCAAACCAGGAUCAACAAAUUUACGAGUCAUUGAACAAAAGAAAGCUUCUUCAAACAACUGUGAAUGCUAGUGUUAUAGUCAGCCAAAUAGUGGUUGUAAACAAGAAAGGAACUGGGAAUUUCACAACCAUUAAUGAUGCAGUUGCUGCAGCACCAAACAAUACUGCCAUUGGCAGUGGGUAUUUUGUGAUUUAUGUGAUGAAGGGACUCUACCACGAGUAUGUUUCCAUUCCAAAGAACAAGCAGAAUAUAAUGAUGAUUGGAGAUGGCAUUGGCAACACUGUGAUUACUGGUAAUCGCAGCGUAGUUGAUGGGUGGACUACAUUUAGUUCAGCAACAUUUGCUGUUGUUGGCCGAGGAUUUGUUGCCGUGAACAUUACCUUUCGCAAUACAGCUGGAGCCAUUAAGCAACAAGCAGUAGCUGUUAGAAAUGGAGCAGACAUGUCUGCAUUUUAUAGCUGCAGUUUUGAAGGGUAUCAAGACACCUUAUAUGCUCACUCUCUAAGGCAAUUUUACAGAGAUUGUGAAAUAUAUGGCACCAUAGAUUACAUAUUUGGCAAUGCCGCAGCUGUUUUCCAGAACUGCAAAAUUGCUUCAAGACUUCCACUGGUUGGCCAGUUCAAUACCAUAACUGCACAAGGUAGAACUGACCCUAAUCAAAACACGGGCACUUCAAUACAAAAUUGCAGUAUAAAAGCAGCUAAAGACUUAGCCUCUAGUAAUAUCACUGUCCAAACUUAUCUGGGCAGACCAUGGAAGGAGUAUUCAAGAACUAUUUUCAUGCAAUCUUAUAUUGCUAGCCUAAUUGAUCCUGCUGGUUGGGCUCCUUGGAAUGGAGAUUUUGCACUUGCUACAUUGUAUUAUGCAGAAUUCAAUAACACUGGUGCAGGAUCAAAAACUAGUAACAGGGUUACAUGGCCGGGCUAUCAUUUGAUAAAUGCAACCGAUGCCGCUAACUUCACUGUGUCCAAUUUCACACAAGGAGACUUUUGGUUGCCGGCAACCGGAGUGCCUUACACUGGUGGUUUGAUGUGAACACUGUCUUGAUUAUUUGUUUGGUUAGCAAUUAUUUUGACAUAAUUAACCUUGUUAUUCUUUUCCUUCAUCAGUUGUAAUUUUUCUGUAGUUGUUCAAUCUUUGGGAAUAACAUUGCUUCCAAGCUUUUUCUUUC